UUGAAAUAUUUAAAGUUGUUCAGAAUGUGGGCUGUGUUUUUGGCUAUAUAUAAACUGCUGUUCCCCUGAUACAAUUUGACAGCUUCAAAAACAGUUCUUGUUGUAUUAUCAAUGCGAAUGCAUGCCAAGACUCAAGGAAAAUGUAUUUUGUUUGAUAUUUGCGACUAAAUCAUUUAUAAUUAGGGUUAUUUUUCAAUUUGUUACGACAAGUAAUUUAAUUAUCCUGAAUUUCAACUUAUUAGUUUCCGAACAGUUGCGCCCAAAAAUGCUUUUUAAAUGGAAAGUCGAGAUGUAAAACAGUGUUGUGCAAUUUUCUGAAUUAGAUAUUAAAUAUAUGUAAAUCUGACGUAUUAAAUGAAAAAUGAUGAUUAUCAAAAAAUUCCAUUUUACCAGAUAAAUCAAAGUCUCCAUUUAAAAAUUUAUCCUGAUCAAAAUCACGACAGGGCACAUCAGUCCUUAUAGGAUCAUAAGGCCCUUGUUUGAAGGCAUUGGGAACAAAAGCAGGAUCAGAUUGGUGACGACAGAGGUUGAAAUCUGGUUUCGGUUCUACAAUAAAGGCGCACCAACCCUUGAUAACUGUUUUCCAAAAUGAUCAACAACUGGAAAAUUUUGACAGUCGCCGCCAAAAUACGGCCAGCUGUAAGAUUUUUAAAGAUAAUUAAUAACGAAGCAGAAAUAGAGAGCCGACAACCUAAAUUGCAUCCUAUGAUGGCUUUGUGGGAAUCUGAAAAGUAUAAAUUUCUCGACAUGUCAGUCGAGAAUAAAAGGAACUUUUAUGAAUGCAAAACAAACUAUUUCACUCUUGACGAUGUCAUCACUUGGAAGGACCAUUUUAACCAAAACAGGGAAAGAAUACAUGAUCUGACCCCCUUAGAUUUAGAUUUUGAUAUAGGUUUGAUGAAUGCAAGUCUUGAUCAAAAAUUGUGUAACAAGGUAUCUGUAUGGCAUGGAGACAUCACGACACUUGAGAUUGAUGCUAUCGUUAAUGCUGCUAAUGAACGUUUGCUCGGAGGAGGUGGUGUCGAUGGUGUUAUUCACAGAGCUGCAGGCCCCAACCUAAAGAUCGAAUGUAGAACACUCAAUGGCUGUCAAACUGGCAAAGCUAAAACGACUGGUGGCUAUAAAUUACCAGCAAAAUAUAUUAUUCACACCGUGGGGCCAGUAGGAGAGAAACCAGACCUCUUAAAAUCAUGUUAUAAAAGUUGUUUCGAUGAAAUGCAAGCUAAGCAGUUACGUUCAAUUGCAUUCCCUUGUAUUUCUACUGGAAUCUACCGAUACCCUGAUGUUGCUGCCGCUAGAAUUGCCUGCAGAUUGUCAAGAGAGUUCUUAGAAAAGAAUGAGCAACUUGUUGAUCGUAUCAUAUUUUGUGUUUUCUUAGAAAAAGAUCUUAUAAUCUAUGAGAAGAUGCUUCAAAUCUACUUUCCGUUAUAA